CGUCAUUACGUCAAUGUAGCAACUAGCAAGCUACUGACUGAGUGCUUUUUUUAUUGUAGUAAACGUGUUUUCAUUAACAUUUAUUCAUAAUAUAAUUCCCGUUUAAAUAUGGGUUCCUCAAGAAGACGGGAUCGUUCCAGAUCUCGAGACAGACGAGACCGUUCCAGAUCUAGGGACAGAGACCGAGACAGACGCGACAGGAAACGUAGUAGAUCUCGAGACAGGUACAGAGAUAGGGAUCGUCGAAGAGACAGAAGCAGAAGUCGCGAUCGCGAAAGACGCCGUGAAAGAGAGCGAUCUAUAACACCACCAGAACCCGAUGGCGAUAAAAUGAUAGCAGACACUCUUGCUACUCUAGCUGCGACCAGAAACUUUGCAAGUUUAAUUUCAAGAGAGGGAGAUGGCAAUUCAAAUAUGUCUACUGAGAGCAGUGACGAUGAAAGAAGGAGAAAAAGGAGAUCUAGAUGGGGAGGUAGCGAACAUGAGAAAAUAUUUAUCCCCGGAAUGCCUACCAUAUUACCACAGAACCUUAAUAAGGAACAGGAGGAAGCAUAUUUACUUCAGCUGCAGAUCGAAGAAGUGAGCCGCAAGCUGAGAUCCGGCGACUUGGGCAUCCCGCCAAAUCCCGAAGAAAGAUCACCGUCUCCAGAGCCCAUUUAUAGCAGCGAUGGUAAACGUCUGAAUACUAGGGAAUUUCGUACGAGAAAACGUCUUGAAGAAGACAGGCACACUUUGGUUCUUAGAAUGCAAAGUAUCAAUCCCGAAUUCAAGCCGCCUCUUGAUUAUAAACCGCCAGUAACCAGAGUUAGCGACAAAGUGAUGAUACCUCAAGAAGAACACCCGGAAAUUAAUUUUGUGGGUCUUUUGAUCGGUCCUAGAGGAAAUACCUUAAAGACGAUGGAAAAAGAAACUGGUGCAAAGAUUAUCAUACGAGGAAAAGGAUCUGUCAAGGAGGGAAAAGUCGGGAGAAAAGAUGGACAGCCGCUUCCGGGAGAAGACGAACCGUUACAUGCCUAUAUUACGGCCACCAAUCCGGAGUGUGUGAAGAAAGCUGUAGAAAGGAUCAAAGAAGUCAUACGUCAAGGAGUAGAAGUACCAGAAAAUCAAAACGAUCUCAGGCGAAUGCAACUGAGAGAACUCGCACAACUAAAUGGUACAUUACGAGAGAAUGACGGCAUGAGAUGCAACAAUUGCGGAGCUACAGAUCAUAAAUCUUGGCUGUGUCCGGAUAAACCGAACAUUACCAACAGUAUCGUUUGCUCGAGUUGUGGAGCAGCUGGUCACAUAGCUCGCGAUUGUCGCUCCAAACGACCGGGACAAGGAGGUCCCCCGUUGCCGGGACAAGGAGACAAAGCGAAAAUAGACGAGGAAUAUCUGUCUCUAAUGGCUGAACUAGGCGAAGGUCCACAGCCUGUUUUUAUGCAGAACGGAAACAAUCACCAGAGAAAGCAACCACCGGCUCCUCCAGUUUCAAGUUUCAACAUUUUCGAAAAUCAAGCACCCCCUCGGCCUAUCAUGCCUCCGCCAAUGCCAGGAGCCCCGAUGCAAAUGUUACAGACCGGCAGCAUCCCUCCGCCGUCGUGGCCGGCUCCGGCGCCGAUGCCGUGGCCUCCGGCGCCGCCUCCGGGAAUUAUGCCGCCGCCACCUCCACCGGGGGCGUCCAGUCCGCCGCAAACGAUGAUACCGCCACCGUGGUCAUCGAAUCAACCGCCUCCGCCGGGAGCGCCGCCACCGUUCGCGUCUUGGCCGCCGAGCAGUUUCCCUCCACCUCCGCCACCCGGAAUAGACGUCAAUUCUUUGCUGACGUCACCACCUCCUCCGCCGCCGUCUUAAAUGCGCUCCAGAAGGGCGAAAGUUUAGUGUUAAGAAGUUGGUAGUUUUAGUUGUGAACAAGUGGUUGUUCCUGUAGGACGUCCCGAGGAAAUAUUUUGAUCUUUGGAUUAUAUUGAUUAUUAUUUCUACCUUGAUUAUAAUUUUUAACCAAUUUAGUUAGCGUUGGUGACCUCGAUAACAAUUUAAAGGUAGUAACCAAAUGCAUUUGGCAUUUUUCGUCUAUUUUUGCACUGAUACUGCUUUGUUAAUAAUUUCUAGAUACAAUAUAGUAAAUUACAUAGAAGCAGGAAAAAUCAUGCAAAAAAAUAUCAUACUGAACUUGUUUAGUUUUAUUUGCAGUAUCUGGUGUAGACGGUGAUGAUGAAACCACAUAACAUAUACAUUGUUUGCUUUUAACUGCUUAAAAAUAUCACUAAAACCUAUUUUAGAAUUAUUCUGACUUGCGUACAUCAGAGUCACAUUUUUACAUACAUUUAAAAUUGGGAGAAUUUGAUAGUAAAAAAUGGUCGCUAAUAUUUUUAGUUCAAUUAAUAGUAAUUAAUUUUUGACAAAAUUCUCCGACCACCAUUCUUGAUUUUUUGGUUCAUGUUUGUCUUUAUCCUAAAGCUUCACUUGCAGCCUCAUGGAUGCAUUUUUUAAGUUGCUGGUAUAAUUCUUCCGCUGAUAUAUUUUCUCGAUCCACAUUUUGUAAUUUUGUGGCCAAUCGUAAUUUGAAAUGAAAAUUCGUUGAAUCUUCUUUUAAGCUUCUAGGUUAUACAAACUUCUGCUUGUUUGGUUCUAAUUUCGAGGCUUUUGGUCGAAAUUUUUAGCAAUUAUUUCUUUUGACAAGGGAUGAGUUGCUAGCCCGUCGCCUCAACCCUCCUCCUUUAUCUGGGCUUGGGACCGGCACUGGCAUUUAUUGGGCUACUCAAUCCACCCGGCACUUACCGUAGGCAGGGUUUUAUGUGUAAUUAGUACAGUAUUAUUAAUUAACGUAUUAUUUUAAGAACAAAAUGUGAUUGAAAUGUCGAAUGGUGGUAGUUCAGAUUUCUUUCCUAGAUGGCGUCGUUAGUUUACUGAACAAACGGUGUGACUUGUCAUCAUAGCCUUUUAUAUAGAUUGAUAUACAUAUUAUCACUUGUCAAACCACUGUUGUUGCGCCCCAACUCUAUUUUACUUUAUCUUUGAUAGCUCGCGUUUUUAAUAGCUGUCAAAUCUAAUUGUCGACCAUUUUUUCUCAAGCAACCAUAUAUCAUCAUAUUAAGAAAAAAAUUAGCUUUCAUUAACGAAAUUAAAUAUUUGUCAAAAACGAAUUACUAUUAAUUGAAUUAAAAAUAUUUGCUGCCAAUUUUUGAUUGACAACCUAUUUCGUAUUUUUCAUAUAAAAAUGCUUGCACGUCACUCAAGAUUUACGACGUCAGAACCCCACAGCGUUGCCAAAACAUCAGAAUAGUUAGUAAGUGAGGAAUUUUUUAAAUGUCCACUAUUUGUCAAACUAUUAUAAUAACAGUAAAUACACUUAGUUUUAAUACUACUGCAACACACUAAAAUACAUAAGAAAACAUUUUAAUACAAAAUUAUGUAUUCUAAAUUUUAAAAUUACCUCUUUUAGGUCUUUAAUAGUAAAAACGUCCCGCCAUUAUUUCUUAUUCAAAAUAAUCCAUCUUAUUUGAAAGCUUCUUCUAUUAGACUAUUUAUUUGUUUUGUGACAUAGCACAAUCACAAUACACAACAAUAAUUAGUUUUUAAAGCUAUUAAUUCAAAUUUAAUAUGUAUUUAUAAAUACAAUUUAUUAAUAUAUAUUAUAUUAUGAUCAAUUUGUGUAAGAAAUCAAAACAUAAACAAAAUUCUUACUCUAAAAAAGCGGCAACACUUUAUUCAAUUUUGCCACACGCUGAACUGUCAAUAAAAUUUGAAGUAUUACCCGUAUCAGUUGCGUACAAUUGUCUAAUCUAUUUAAUUAAAAUUGUUAUUUUGUGGAAUAUUAUACUUAAAUGAGUUAUUUCAUAAAAUUUAUAUUAUUAACAAUAACAAAUGUUUUUGGUUAUUUAAUCAAUAUAAUUCUAAAAUUUCCAAUAUAAUGAUGAUCAAAUUUUUCUGAUUAUUACACUAUGUUGACGCCUAUGACAGAUCGAGCAGUUCCGUAUGGGCUUCGUAUUAUUAGCUGUGUUUAGGAAAAUUUGAACUCUAAGGUUGACGUUCUGGAAAUUUUAAAUAUAAGUAAGUCACUUUAUAUAAAUUGUGACGUGCAAACAUUUUUAUAUGAAAAAUGCUAUAUCAAUGUAUUCUCAUAAUUUUAAAUGUAUAUAAAAAUGCGAGUUUGAUGAACGUAGUGGGAUCUUAUAAUAUCAAAUUCUCAAGAAAAUAAAAUCACUUUAAAUAUUUUGUCAAUAGUUUAUAUCGUUUUAAAUUUAUAGUAAUAUCUAUUUCGCACAUAUUUCUGCGAAAAUAUCAACUUUAAAAUUGAAUGACGUGCAAUGAAUUUAUUAAGAAAAUAAAAGUACAAAGCACGUUACGUAAACGUAAAGUUGGUUGCCUACCAACAUAGGCAAUAUGGGUUUAAAUAAAUCAGGAGGCAAAUCUAAAAAGGUUUUCGUAAACCAUUGUUUCAGUUUUGCUUGAUUAUAUUAUUUUUAAAUGUGACUUACUGUUUCUUCCUUCCAUUAUUGCACUAUUUACAUUUAAUCAUUUAUGUGAAUAUAUAAAAAAAAUAAGAGACAGAAUUCAGCCUUGUUUAGCGCUAACUCCCUUUAUACAUCUUUUUCAGUGCUCUAAAGAUGUUUGUUGUAUCAUAAACUACAAGAAUGUUGCAUAAUGUAUCACGCUCUGGUAUUUUUUUCUACACAAAAAAAAAUUAAUUUUGAACAUUGAUUUUAUUUGACUCUUGUCUCGUAUAUUAAGUAAAAUAAUAAAUAUUCUUUCAAAGUAUUAAAAAAGAAAUUAACAAUACUUACAUUGAGAUAUCAUUUUAUCCCAACGUUAAAAAUUUUCUUUUUAAAAUAUUUUGUAGGUGUCAUCUUUGGAAUAUUAAAAACGUAUUUUGACCUU